ACAGUUGAUUAUUGUUAAUAAAAAUUGUUAUCUUUUUAAUUCAAAACUGUUUAAGUUUUCCUUUAAAUCAAUAACAACAAAUAUACUGCAACAUUUCAAAGUAUUAACAAUGAAUAUAUUAUCUUUUCUUCUUUCCUUCAAAUUGUUGAUAUAUUUUAGUUAUGCAGUUGAGAUACCCGAAGGAUUUCAAAAAUCAAAUCAUACCAAUAACUGGGCAGUACUGGUGGAUACAUCUCGUUUUUGGUUUAAUUACCGGCAUGUAGCGAAUGUUUUAUCUAUUUAUCGCAGCGUGAAACGUCUCGGAAUACCGGACAGUCAGAUUAUUUUAAUGAUAUCUGAUGAUAUGGCUUGUAAUCCUCGCAAUCCGCGUCCAGCGACAAUCUUCAACAAUGCUCAUGGCCAGAUCAGUGUGUACGGAGAUGAUGUGGAGGUCGACUAUCGAGGUUAUGAAGUUACUGUGGAAAAUUUUAUUAGAUUGCUUACGGGUAGAGUUCAGCAUGACACACCUCGAUCAAAGAGGUUACUCACUGAUGAAGGCAGUAAUAUACUUAUUUAUUUAACUGGGCAUGGAGGUGAUGGAUUCCUAAAAUUCCAAGACUCUGAAGAAGUCACCAGUCAAGAGCUGGCUGAUGCAUUAGAACAAAUGUAUCAGAAGAAAAGAUAUAAUGAAAUAUUCUUCAUAAUAGAUACAUGUCAGGCAUCGUCAAUGUAUGAAAAGUUUUAUUCACCUAAUAUUCUGGCUACAGCUAGCAGUUUAGUGGGAGAAGAUUCUUUAUCUCAUCAUGUGGACUAUUUAAUUGGCGUGUACAUAAUAGACAGAUAUACAUAUUUUGUACUGGAGUUUCUGGAAAAUGUACAUCCCAAUAGUAAGAAUACUAUGUCGGAAUUUUUAGCAGUUUGUCCGCGAAGUGCUUGCCUGUCGACGGUUGGGGUCAGAAAAGAUCUAUUUAACCGAGACCCAAGCAAAGUGCCGAUAACAGAUUUCUUUGGGUCAGUGAGACCUGUUGUUAUCACAAGAAAUCCAAUAGAAAUAUUGGAAAUACCAAAAAGAAAGAAACAAGUCACAAUAGAAAACAAAACCAAAGUAGUGGAGAAAAUGAGCUACCUACCUCAGUUUCCAGUUCAUUUAGUUCAAACCACAUAAUGUUUAAAGUAUAAAUAAAUUACAAUUUAUUAA